AUGGACCGACCGACAGGACAAGAACGCAAACGUUCGGACUCUUCUGGUCCAAAUAAUUCCUAUAUAUACAUCAUUGGAGAACAGUUAAGAGAGAGACUCCAUAACUGUAAUCCUCCAUUGAUACAAAAUAGAAGACAUCGUUUAAAAAGUUACAAGAGUUGUUUUAUUGGUAAAGAUGUUAUAGACUGGUUAUUGAGACACAAAGAAGCACCUGACAGGGAAACUGCUGUCAAACUUAUUAGAGUAUUGCAACAGUUUUAUGUUAUUCGCCAUGUCACAGAUGCUCAUUUAUUCAAAGACGAAUAUUUAUUCUAUAGAUUUAGAAAAGAUGACAACACAUUUCCCAAAACAAGAGAUACUUCAAUCUACCUCAGAGGAGACAAGUUACUUCAUAGGUUAUUAAAAAGUGGAUCCAUUCAUCCUAUAAUUGGAGAUCGAGAAAAUAACGGAAAGAAAUACCUCAAAUGUUUUAUAGCAAAAGAUGUCAUCGAUUUGCUUGUGAAGGAAAGAGAAGUGAAGUCAAGACAACAAGCACUAUUGUUAUGCAAUGAAUUAUUAGAACAUGGUUUAAUUAGAUGUGAAAGUCAACUUUCCCUACCAAAAGACCUUCACAUGAGAAGACACAGCAGUCCAAUGCCGCUUCAUUACCAUGACAACAACUUGAACCUCGAAGAUGUAUUUAUGGAAAAUGUCAAAUUAGGUACAAGUUAUGGAAGUACAGAGAGUGACGAUGAUUCUUUGAAACGAUUGUCUUAUGAGGAUAGUACAAGUGGAUCACCUAAAUCCCCGUCAUCUUUAUUGGGACUACCCGGAAUUCUGGAUAUUGUUGCUCCUGACGGAAAAUAUGGAAGGAAGGACUUGAGGAUUCGUAGUGAUGAUGUCGGUUUUGGUUUUGUUGUUCGUGGUACAAGUCCUAUCUAUGUACAUACCGUGGAUCCAGCGGGACCCGCUGCUGCCGCUGGCCUUAAGCCCAAUGUGCGAUGGAGUGAGGCAGAUGUAGAUGCCAGGUCGAUCAUACAUCUCAAAAAGAUUCGCCCAACUGGUACACAUUUACAUGCAAAACUAAGUGUGCCAAUUAAGGACAAUAGUUCACGUUUGGUGCAUACUGUUAUGGAAGUCCAUUUCUGGGUGAUAUGGUUUAUAUCAUACAGUUUGUUAGUUGGCAAUCGCAUAACCAUGUUCACAGUGUCUAGUUAG